CGGGUCGACGCGGGGGAGUGAGCACUCGUCCGCCUCGGGAGAUUGUUGGUGGGGGAGUGGGGAGGAUGCAGAAGGACAAUUGAGCCGUGGCGCGAGAAGGGAAGAGGAGGACGAGGGAGGAGGAGGAGGAGGGAUCCGAGAGUGUGUGUGGGCGCCUUGGGCUAGCCUCGCUCGCCUCUUUCUUUCCUUUUGGGAUUAUGACGAUCAGAGCGCGACGCAAUUCGAGGCGGGCAUCGGGAGUGGGCAAGGCACAACAGUUGUGAAAGCCGGUUCGCCUUUUUUAUCUUCCCCACCUGCUCGGUGGUGGUGCGAUGACACUACUUCUCCCGGAUGAGAGAAUCUCCCUGCGCUGAUUUGGUGUUUAAUUCGCGCACUCAAGCGGCUGUUUAUAGGCGUCGCUAAUUUACAGCAUCCUUGAAGGCCUCGACGACCAUCCCUCGGACAGCAGACGUUGCAGCGAAGGAAAGGAAGGGGAAGUGAGUGGAGGGGAAGGGAGGGGAGGGCCUCGCACACGGCAGAGCAGGAAAGGGUCGGGGUCUAGUCUGCGGGACUUGCAGGACGACGCCACAGAUUGUUCCCUCGUGACUAUCUUGUUUGCUUCUGCUCCGCUCUCCGGCCACUGGGCUCUGCGGAGAGCUUUUCGACGCCCGUCGACGAAUCGGGCCUCCUAGUUAGGUAGCGUAGGAUGGGAAGCGCGAGAUAGAGCAAUUCAAACUGUCAUGUCACUUGAAAGCGGGUUUCUUUGCGGGUCAUGAGGAGCUCUGGGUCAAGGCGGUGAAAUGACGAGAGAAGAGAAGAAUCUGUGGAAUUGCCACCAUGGAAGAACAGUAUGCUGAAUAUGGACAGCUGGAUAAUGACGUGAGUCCUUAAGGUGCCGGGAACUCUUACGGAAAUUCGAUCGUUGUUUCUGUUCAAGUGGAAACAAUACCAUCUGUUGAUCAAGAAGAGAGUAGUGCAGUUCCGGAGACGACAGGACAGAGAUACUCACAGAUUAGGCCGCGUUAUGGGGGGGAUGUGCUGCUGUCCAGGCCGAGAGGAUUUUGAGGACAUAACUUCAUAUCCCAAUGGGAGCUUGUAUCAGAACUGCUAUUGCCUUCGCUGCUGCGUACGAUGGUGUUUACGCAUGUACGCUUCAUGGUUUGAUCCUGGUGAAGGACGGGACACGUCACCUGCAAUACAAGGAGUUCCGACUUCUCCAGCAGCAGGGCUCUUAGAAGCUGAACAUUUGCGAAGGAGCAAUAAUGGUGACGGAGGGGGCGAAGCGCUUACUCAGUUCCUGGGACGCGGAGGGCAAGGUGAAUUUGAUGAGCUGCCGCAGACAUUUAGACCUGAAUCUCCGGGGAAGCGCCAACCUUCAAAAGGAAUGGGACGGAAUGAGUCUCUGACUAACCUGGAUAUGGAUGAUGACGUCUGCCCAACUUGUCUGGACGGCUAUAAUACCGAAAACCCAAAAAUUCCCACUGCUUGUGGACACCACUUCCAUCUUGGGUGCAUUUACGAAUGGAUGGAACGAAGCAAACGCUGCCCAAUGUGCGAUAAGGAAAUGAUCUUCAGCGAGAACGUGUAAGGAGACUGGGCUUGUUGGCCUCCUAACGUUUUCAUCUCCAGAGUCACCUUUUGAGUUGCUAGCUCAAGAUUGACGUGAGAUGCGUUGACUACUAAUUACUCUGAAGGGUAUACUCCAGAACUUAUUUGAGUUGGUUAGUUUCCAGCCAGCUAGGGCUUGUGUGAUGAGGGAGCAAUCUUGUCGAAAAAACUUGUACAUAAUCUCAAAAUGUAAAGUGGGAGGAGCAUGACGGUCCAAAACUCCCAAGUCAUGUGAUCCCCUAUUUAUGUGGCUUGCAACGGCCAGGGACGUGGCCAUCUACGCAAAUUUACUCCGAAAAUUGAUAAUCUGUCGCCUUGUGACUCGUUUGUAUGG